UCCUUCUUCAUCCUCCAUUCUUUUCUUCUUCAAAACCCCUAACUCCAUUGCUUUCUUCCAUCUUUCAUGGCCGAUUUUCAGGCUCAUUCUCCUAGCCAUGUAUUCCGGAACAACUUCAUCGGCGAUGAAUCACCGUCGGUUUACUUCCAGCAGGCAUCAGGUUCUUCAGGUGUUGGACAUAUUAGAGAUAAGAACAUGCAGCCAGAGGUAGAACUUCAACAGUCUCACUUUCAGAUGUUUUCACCAAAUGAAGAAGAUAUGUGGAGUGAUGAGUAUGACGAGGAAUCACCGCUACGCGCACGAGCUAACGACAGAGGGAAAUUCCCGCUAACCGGACCUGAUGUUCAUGAAGGUAAGCUACUUUUUGGAAGUUGAUUGGUGAAGCUCAGUAUGUUCUUCGUUACUUAGUUUAACGUAUGUACGUUUCAUGUGAAACAUAAACAAUAUCCCGCUCGUGUUUCAACAUGUAUUUUGGUUGUAAUUUGACAAUGGCAUGGUUGCCCAUAACUUGUUUUACUAGA